UGCAAAUGCCAGCAUGAAGCGCGCAACACCACACUUAUAAAGGUCGUUGUCAUCAUUGUUAUUUGGAUUAUAUCAAUUCUGGUGAUAUACAUGCUCUUCCUAAUUUGCUUGGAUCCCUUACUCAACAAACGUGUUAAGGCGAAUUAUCAGGAACACACAAACGAAGAUGACGACGCAAGUGCUACUGCCCCACCAUUACCAACCGGCAUGGCAAAUCAAGAGUUGAACUCGCGUGCCAAUGUAUUGAAUCGUGUUGGCCAUCAGACGGAUAAGUGGAAGCGCCAAGUACGCGAACAACGUCGUCACAUCUAUGACCGACGCACAAUGUUGAACUAAAUUUUUGAAAUUUGAAUAUCAAUCGUAUUCAACAUUAUUAUUUUUGAAUUUAUCUUAAUUAAGACAUGUCAAGUGUAAUCGGUAUAUCUCAUGAAAAUUUAUAUACAUACAUGUCAUCACCAGCAGCAACUAUUCCACAUCUUGUACAGUGGCGACGAUCUCAUAUCGGGGAAGUACUUGAUUAGAAAAAUUUCCUUUUUUGUUGUUGUUUUUUUUUUUUUUUGUAAAAUUUAUAUUUCUAAAUCUAUGUAUUCCAAGUAAUGAUAACAAAUCUGCCCAUAUGCCUGCAUACUUACGAAUAUUCAUACAUACACUUAUGUGAAAAUAAAGGGUUUUAGCGAUAUUAGAAAGACAUA